GGGGAGGGGAGGACGGAUGGUGGGGGUGCGGUGCAGCGACUGGGGUCGGUGAGGAGUGAAGGGAGUGCGGAUGGGGAUGAAGAACAGCAGCAUGAGGAUACGGCGGCGGGGAUGGAGUGGGACCAAGCGGAUCCGGCGCGGGAGAAGGGGAAACAGCCGGCGGCUGUUAACGCCGAUGAUGACGACCGCCAUUCAGCACGAAUACCACCAUCACCGGCACAACGUCACCGCUCCCUCACAUCCAACACCAUCCACCCACCCUCACCCACGCGCACCGAAACCUCCCCCUCCCGCCUCCCCGGCUCCGACGGCGCCGGCUCGUUCCCUUUCACCGCCUCUGAAACACCACAACCAGCCCCACGAUCUAAUUCCGACCCCUUCCCCUUCCCGUUACGAACGACUAUACCUUUACGGCGGCCCCACCUCGCCGCGGAACUGAACGUCGUGGAUGAUCAGAUGGACGUUGUAGCGCCGGCGAAUCCGUUCUUUGACGAUUUUGUCGAGUCGGCGCGGCCGGAGUCUGGAGCGAGCUCGACUGCCGGGGCGCCGAGUGAAGGGAGGAAAGAGGUGCCGGCGGUGCCCCAGGAGACGAGCAGCGGGAGCAGUGGGGAUUCAUCCUUCCCUGCGCCUCCCACCGCCCCAGCCCCCACAUCAACAACAACAACAACAACAACAACAGAACCCCACCAGCCCCUACCACCGACCCUCCCACCCCCGCGCAACACCUCGGGCUCAUCCAUAACAACAGCCGCAACAGAAACAACCGAAUCAACGCUCCUCGCCUCCAUCAACCCCGACCAACCCUCCCGCAACACCACCGGCGGCACGACCACCACAACCAUCUCCACCGUCUCCAACCCCUCCUUCACGCGCCCGCCCAACAACCCGCCGAACAAUGCGACAUCGCACCCGCCGGUGGUCGACAUGCCAACGCUGCAAGCCCAGAACGGUGCGUUGGCGGCGCGGAACGAGUUCCUGGAACGCCGGUGCAGGGAGCUGGCGGGCCUGCUGGGCGAGUGCAAUGAGAUGGUGCGGCACAUGCGCGGCGAGCUGGCGGCGCUGAAGGGCGUGGUGGGACGGGUCAGGGAGCUGAGGGCGUUGUUGGAGGGGUUGUGUGGGGAGUUGGCGGGGGAGGCGGGGUUGGCUGGGUUGUGAGGAGUAGACGGGGAUGAGUGGGGAUGGGGAGGAUCCUGACGAGUUUUUUCUCUUCUGAGGACGAUAAAUAUACCCCCCCCCCCCCCCCCCCC